ACACCGUAGAGACAAGCACUUGCUGUUCACAUUUAGUGGACUUGUUAUUCUCUCCGGGUUUGUUGAUGAAACAGGCGUGGGGGGGGGGGGUGGAAAGGCAAAGACACAAGUGUCAGUAGUCAAUAUGAAUUUUUUUUUUCUUCUCCUUCAAAAGCUAGACAUCGCGCGCAAACCCCACUCUUCUCUUUUUUUACCUUUCUCCUUUUUCCUUUUUUCUUCUUUUGGCCCCGUUCCUCGCAUUGCAUUUCAAUGUUUUUGUUCCCUAAGUCUUCCGCAAUACACAAGAGCAUCCAUCCCAUUGAUCCAUCCAUCCGCAACCGAGAGACCAUCUCCACAGUCUUGAACUUCAAUCUGCCCUGUCUCUAAUGGUUUCAGAGAUUGGUAAGGCAGGUAAGUCGUAAAGGCAUGACUCAAUAGUACA